AUGAAGGCCGCCCAGGACGGACAGAAAAGCUAUGUGGAUAAGAGACGACAUGACUUAGAGUUUGUUAUUAAAGACCACAUGUGGUUGAGAGUGAUGCCCAUGAAGGGCGUACGCAGAUUUGGAGUAUCAGGGAGGCUCAGUCCCCAUUAUAUUGGCUCGUUUGAAAUUUCGGAGUGGGUAGGAUCUUUGCCUUACCAGCUAGCAUUGCCUUCUCAGUUGGCUGGUGUUCAUAAUGUCUUUCACGUAUCCAUGUUGAUGAAGUAUAUGCUAGAUCCUCAAUAUAUCAUUUAUUAUCAAACUAUUGAGGUCGGGGAGGAUGUAUCAUAUGAGGAGAUGUUUGUGAGUAUUUUGGAGUGA